GUGGUGUUUGUCACUCUCCGGCCUCCGCACUUGCUAGUAGUGUUGCCCACACCUUGUAAUCACGAUUUUCGUUGUCUCGUGCUUUACUUUCUGGAUUUUGUAAGUGGAUUAGUUGGUUCUAUCUGAAAAUGUUCGGCGGCUCAGCUCCUAUUUUAGUGUUAAGUCAAAACACCAAAAGAGAUUCUGGGAGGAAGGUGCAGGUGGAAAAUAUAGCUGCUGGAAAGGCCAUAGCGGAUGUGAUACGGACAUGUCUGGGACCCCAGGCCAUGCUCAAGAUGCUGAUGGACCCUAUGGGGGGCAUCGUGAUGACCAACGACGGCAAUGCCAUCCUGCGGGAGAUCACUGUCCAGCACCCAGCGGCCAAGUCCAUGAUUGAAAUUGCCAGGACCCAAGACGAAGAGGUUGGAGACGGCACAACGUCAGUGAUUGUAUUGGCAGGCGAGAUGCUCGGAGUAGCUGAGCAGUUCCUAGAGCAGAACCUGCACCCCACUGUCGUAAUCAAGGCGUAUCGGCAGGCACUGGAAGAUAUGGUGACACUACUGCAGGACAAUAUCAGUACUCCUCUGGAUGUAACUGACAAGGAACGGCUGACCGAGGUAGUCAAGUCAUGUGUUGGCACUAAGUUUAUCGGACGCUGGGCAGACAUGGCGUGUAAGAUUGCCCUGGAGGCCGUCCAGACUGUGAUGCUGGAAGAGAACGGGCGGAAGGAGAUUGACAUCAAGAGAUACGCUCGAGUCGAAAAGAUCCCCGGAGGAAGUAUUGAAGACUCCUAUGUCCUCAAUGGUGUCAUGAUCAACAAGGACGUUACCCAUCCGAAGAUGCGGCGGGUGAUCAAGAACCCUCGGAUUGUGUUGUUGGACUGUACAUUAGAAUACAAGAAGGGUGAGAGUCAGACAAAUGUGGAAAUUAUGAAUGAAACUGACUUCACAAGGAUACUACAAUUGGAAGAGGAAUACAUAGAGAAAGUAUGUGCGGACAUCAUCGCACUCAAACCUGAUGUUGUUUUCACAGAGAAGGGAGUUUCUGAUCUCGCUCAACAUUAUCUUGUUAAGGCAAACAUUUCUGCUGUGCGCCGGGUACGGAAGUCCGACAACAAUCGUAUUGCUCGAGCCUGCGGUGCCACAAUUGUCAACAGAACAGAGGAGCUUAAGGAAGAUGAUGUGGGCACUGGGGCAGGUCUCUUUGAAAUCAAGAAGGUCGGGGACGAGUACUUCUGCUUCAUCACGGAGUGCAAGGACCCGAAGGCAUGUACAAUCAUGCUGCGAGGGGCCAGCAAGGACGUACUCAACGAGACUGAGCGCAAUCUGCAGGAUGCUCUUCAUGUGGCCAGGAACAUCAUGCUGCAGCCCAGGCUGGUUCCAGGCGGUGGAGCAGUGGAGAUGGCAGUGUCUAAGGCACUACUAGAGAAAGGAAAGAGUGUGGAGGGAGUGGCACAGUGGCCGUACCGUGCUGUGGCGCAGGCUCUGGAAGUGAUCCCACGUACACUUGCGCAGAACUGUGGCGGCGCGAACACAAUCCGUACUCUUACAGCACUCAGGGCGAAGCAUGCCACAGGUGGAACUAGUUGGGGCAUCAACGGAGAGACUGGAGCAAUCGUAGACAUGAAGGAGUUGGGCAUCUGGGAGCCCCUGGCCGUCAAGUUGCAGAUCUAUAAGACUGCAGUGGAGACUGCCAUCCUUCUGCUGAGAAUCGAUGAUAUCGUCUCUGGUUCAAAGAAGAAAGACCGAGAUGGAGAACAGAAGACAGCUCAGCCCACAGAGGAGUCAAUGAAAGAAUAGAAUCAGUAUUCCCCGCCUUUUGAAACUAAUUUAUAAUUUUCCUUAAUCGUAACACCUGUGAUCUUUUAAUUAAUCUAAUCUGUGCGUACUAAUUUUUUACUUCCAUAAUAUGGCAUUUAUUUUUUUGUUUUUACUAUAGGUAAGUUCCUGGUGAAAUUUGUCCAGAUUGUUUUUUAUUGAGUUGUUCCUGGACAAAUCUUGUCCAACUUCCUCGUUUCUCUGUUUCCACAAGCACAAUGAGGCAACACUUAUGGUUAUCCUAACCAUGAUAAUAGAAAGGCUGAAAUGAUUUUGUAAUUGAGUAUUGUAUUAAAAUUACACUAUAAGUGCCUA